GUUUUUGUAGAUAUCACCUCCCACAGUCCGUGUUCUCACAGCUUGCACAGUUUGUACCAGCAAUGGCCCGCAUACCAACAAUAUGAUGACCCAUCCAGCGUUCAAUAAGAUCUCUCCCUCGGCUGGACCUAUACUCCACCCCCACCCCCAACCACAACAAGUAUAAAGAACAACAAUUAUAACACCAGAUCAAGAUAAAGGAAGCAUACAACGCCAGCUCCCAAGCCCCAACAAACACACACAACAUAACAGACCAUCUCAACCGCCCCACUUAGCUCAAACCCUCCCAAGCAAUCAUGACAACCACCCCCCGCCUCGCCAACAAAAUCGCCAUCGUAACAGGCUCCUCCUCCGGCCUGGGCCGCGCCAUCUCCCUCCGGUACGCGCGCGAAGGCGCAAAGCUCAUCUGCGCAGACCUCACCCCGACCGCCCGCGCACAAGUCCCCUCCGAGACCUCAAUCGCGACGCAUGACCUCAUCGUGCAGGGCGGCGGGGAGGCCGUCUUCGUGAAGACGGACGUCGGGGAUGCGGGGGAUAUGGAGCGGGUGGUGCAGACGGCGGUGGAUGUGUUUGGGCGGUUGGAUAUUCUCGUCAACAACGCCGGCGUCGCACUCGAAGCAAGGACUCCCGCCGUGUGCCACUUGACCGAGGAGGAGGUGUGGGACACCACGAUGCGCGUGAACAGCAAGUCUGUCUUCCUGGGGUGCAAGUACGCGACGGCCCAGAUGUUGAAGCAGGAGCCGCAUCAGCCCUCCGGGGAUCGCGGGUGGAUCAUCAAUAUGUCGUCGAUUAUGGGGAUUGUGGCGGGGUUGGACAAUGUCUCCUACUGUGCGUCGAAAGGCGCGGUGAGCAAUCUCACGAAACAGGUGGCGCUGGACUAUGCGCCCCACAGGAUUCAUGUUAAUGCUCUUUGUCCGGGUUACACUCAGACGGCUAUCUUUCAAGAGACAACGGCCUACAUGACCCCUCUCGAGGAUCUGCAGAAGCGGCAUCCGUUCAAGGGGCCCGGGAUGCCGGAUGAUAUUGCUCGGAUGGCGGUGGUGUUGGCUAGUGAGGACGCUAAUUGGGUGACUGGGAUUCUUUUGCCGGUGGAUGGCGGUUAUACUGCGCGUUAGAAUCGAUUCCGUAAUCUCCAAGAGGAAUUGAGAGAAGAUGAGAUCCAGAAGACGUGCGAGCUGGUUGAAGAGCUUUGAAUACGAAAUGAUGUCGUUUAAUCGGUC